AUGGCGACGACAUUCGAUGAGAAAAUCCCAUAUGAGAAGAAUGGGCUACAACUGUAUGGGCUGUUUAAGCGGGGCGACCAAGAUCGUGCUCUCCCGUUAGUCGUGCUGAUUCACGGCAGCGGUGCAACUGCUGCCUACUUUGACAAUUCAGCUGUCUCAGUAGCACAAAGCUUUCACAGCCUCGGUCAUGACGUUCUCAACAUCUCUCGGCCCGGCUACGCUGGUAAUGCAAUUCCCACCUCAGAGAAACCCAUCAGCGAUGCGAUUCCCGUGUUCAUCGACUUCAUCGAGCAAGUAUAUAAUGAAAAGUCCUCGGCGAAAAAAGGGAAUGGCGGUAUCGUGUUGUUCGGCCACUCUCUCGGUGGCGCCUACUCAUUGUUGAUUGCUGCUGAACCUCAAGGCCGGCUACCACUGCUCGGUGUUAGCACAUUAGGCUGCGCCCCUGUGCCGAACGGGAAGAUAUUGCUUUCUAAUCACGACCCAGACCCAUCCAAUCCUCGAUUUAUUGUCGAGACCAGCCCCGAGAAUAUCCGGAAGUUUAUGGGUGAGGUAGAAUGGCUGAAUAUAGAGGCUUUGGAGCCACAGCUUGUGGCACAGGUGUUUGAGCCAGGUAUCAAGUCGGAAAUCCGAGAGUUUUCGUCUGACGAGUUUUACGAUUAUUUGGUCAACAAAGCCUACCCUGCUAUCAAACUCCCGGUUCAGUACCUCUGCGCCGAAGCAGAGAUCGUAUGGGACAACGAGAAAGAAGCUCGCCCCAUCUUCGAUCACCUCGUUUCUAAAUUCACGGGUGCUCCCGAAGUUGAUUCGGCAAUCCUGCCCCGGGGUGGUCACAAUUACGAGUUUUCGCUGAAUUAUGGUAUUCUAUCGGACAAGAGAAAGACAUUUCUCGAGAAGUUGACAAAUAAGAAUUCCACUUUAUCUACGAAUGGUAUUGGGAAGGACAAUGUAGCUAAAGAAGGCGUGUUUACGUCUGUUCCAAUACUGGACUACGCGGAAACUGCAUCGCCAUCGACUAGACCUGCAUUUUUGAAGGCACUAAAAGCCGCCAUUGUCAAUGUUGGUUUCUUCUAUUUGAAGAAUACCGGGGUGCCAGAUAAAGUGCUGAGUGAUUUUACAGAACAAUCAAUUGCAUUAUUUAACUUGCCGUUGGAGAAGAAGCUGGAAAUAGAGAUGGUAAACAGCAAACAUUUCCUUGGCUACGCGCGCUUGGGACAAGAAGUUACUGCAUUGAAGAACGAUUAUCGAGAACAAUUCGACUUUGCAACUGAGCUUCCUGCUCCCGGUCCUCAGGAGCCACUGUACCGCAACCUCCGAGGACCUAACCAGUGGCCCGAUUCGCAAGCCUUGCCCAACUUCCGUGUUGCUAUAGAAAACUACAUGGACCAUAUAGAUAAGCUUGCUGAUUCGUUCAAGUGGCUUGUUGCCGAAGCACUGGAUUUACCACCAUCGGCUUUCGAACAGUUCUUUGACCAUCCUCAACAGAACAAACUGAAACUGAUAAAGUAUCCGGAACCAGUAGACAGCAAGCCAAACGAGGAUACUCAAGGAGUUGGUCCCCACAAGGAUUCCUGUUUCUUGACUUUCCUCAUGCAAGGCACGCCUCAUACUGGCCUUGAGGUACAAAAUAAAGCCGGAACAUGGUUGCCAGUGAAACCCAUUCCUGGAACUUUGGUGAUCAAUAUCGGUCGUGCGCUCGAAGCUAUCACCGGUGGUGUAUGCACAGCGACGACACAUCGCGUGAAUCUCCGUAUGGAGAAUUACAAGGAUGCCCAGGGUAAUUCAUUGGGUCCGCGAUACUCAUUUGCAAUUUUCCAGGGCGUGAGUCUCGAUUUGGGUGUCGAGAAGAUCAAUAUCAGCAUCCCGGAGCAUAUCAAAGACCUUGUCAAGGACGAUAAAGUCCGAUCCGAUGCUGAAGCGACGUUCAAUCAGAUGUUUAAUGGCAACAUCGGUGAAGGCACACUGAUUGCACGUAUCACCAGCCAUCAAGAUGUAGCGCAACGAUGGUAUCCCGAUUUGCUGGCUCAAGCGUUACAAGCGCAGAAGGACAAGUAUCAAUGA